UCAAAGAAACACCACCAUGAAAGAGAUUUCGGUAUUUUUCAUAGCCAUGUGCUUUGUCAUUGCCUGCUGCUCCGCAGCAGAGAGCGACAAAGAUCAAAAGAAGGAAAAAUUCACCCCAUCCCCUUCUGAUUUUCAAACGCAGAGGUCUUCAACAGUAGAAAGCACAACUACAGAAGCAAUGCAAAAAGACUUACAAGCGGCUCAGCAAAAACGUCAAAGCACUCAGAUGAAAGCAAACUUCAACAAUCAGAGGGAUAAUACAUUUUUAUACGAAAAUAGUCGUAGGAGGCCGGACUUUGCUAAUCAGAACCGAGUUGCAUCUAAUUCACCUGUUUCUCCACGACAAAGAUAUCCUUCCCAACGUGUUACAACGGAGGCAGCCAUAACUACUCUUUUCCCUCAAGCAAAUGCAGAUCAGAAAGAAUUUCCAAAAAAUAUGCAACCUCGAUUUCAAUCAGAUUACAAGGGAAGAAUCCCCCCAAACCCAGAACAAACUUUUCCAGUGGAAGAACGAAGACAGCAAAACAGCUACAGGCAGCAAAACAGGAACGUCAUGCCCGUAGAACAUCAGCUUGGAAUGAAGGAUCAAUUUUACCCCAUGGCUAAUCUGCCUGUUUAUCCCGAAAUUCAACCACUGAGGGAUGAAAUGUCUGUUUUUGGUAGAAGAGGUGUUUUAAAUGAUGGGAAAGGUAGUGAGGGCAAAAUGGUAAAAGGACAAGAUCAGUUCCAUUUUGGAAACCAACAAUUUGGAGCACACAUGCCUCAUUAUGGAAGACAGCAAGUAGAAUUGCGUCAUCAAUUCAAUCCUUACAGACAAGAUGCAAAUAAUCAAGAGCAGUAUUAUCGUGAAGAGCAACAAGUGAAGAGACCAGAACAAUCUUACUACAAAGGAACUGAUUUAGCAAGAAAUCAACAGCAAAAUUUAAACCAACAACAGCAAAGAAGGCGUACCGAGUUCAAUUACGGAGGACAAGAAGAAUUUAACAGACAACAAGCAUUCUUAACAGGAUCAGGUCCAACACAAUCCUUUGAUCAAUUCUACAAUCCACAGCAAGAAGUACGAGUACAAGGACUAAACAAACAGCAAACGUUUUCGACAGAAUAUGAUCAACAACAACCUCAGGCCCAAUACUUUAAUCAACAACAGCAAAUGAGAGGACAACACUUUUAUUCCCAGGAUCAAACCCGGUUCCCAAACGAAGAAAGAUAUUUGAACAGGAAAGAGAAUGUUCCCGUUCAAAAUUAUCAGCCUGGUAGAGAUGAAUUCGUCCAUGGUUUGGAUUACAAAUCAAAUCAACAAAAUAGUGACUCGAACAGGUUUCAAGAGGCUGGUAAAGAACAAUUUCCCAUUCAGCCAAUUAGUCGAAGAGCAUUUUUGGGUGACAAUUCCCAAGAUGGAACACAGCAACUAUCCUCGACUAAUCCUAUGAGAGACGAGAGAGAUAUGUCCUCCAUAACAGAAGAGAGUGAUAAAAGGCAUCAAAUGCCGACAAUUAAGGAGCAGGUACAAACACAUCCACAAUCAUUUCAAGAAAACUCUCCAGAAAGCAUACCAAUCGACAAUCAGAAAGGAAGCAAUGUUUUGCCAGACAGUAGAAGUCUGUCAGAAAGUGUCUUAGUGACAGGAAUUCAAAGUUUGCCUGUACAUCCUGCUUUGAUUUACAAUACGGGAGAAAUGCCAUCAUUGCAUGCAGUAGUUGUGAGCAGUGACUCUGUCUCGUCACAAGAGGGCGCAUCGGUCAGACAUCAUUUACAGACACCUCACAUUCAGUAUAUUUAUAGACAUCCUUUGUAAUUGAAUACUUUUAUUUAGUGAUGAUGAAUCUCCAUACCAAUUGCUGGAUGAUGAAUCUCUGUGAACUACCGGAAUUGUAAAGAUAAUCCAGUUUUAUUCAUACUUUUAUGGGCGGAAAAACUUUUCGAGUUAUUAUUGCAUGGGUGUGGGUGCCAAAAUCAUUGCUUGUAACUCAACACAGAGGUUGAAUAGAAGUUAUUUUUGCUUUUUAGGUUAUUGAAAGUGCCAGUCUUAAUAAUUGUUUCUUAUGAUUAAAUAUUUGAUUUUUGAAAGAACUAUUCUUAUUAUUAGAAUUAAUUUUCUUGAAUAUUUUCUAGAAACGAGAAUUGAAAUGCUUUUAAGUGUUAGUUUUGUCAUUGUUUUUGUAAUUAACGUCAUUCAGCGCAUUGAAUAAUAAAUAUUUGUGAGCUAUAUUUUGUACUUCUUGAA